AUGCAUCCUCAACGAAUGAAAAAAGCUGUUACUGAUAACCCUAAAAAACUCGCAAACUUGAUCGAUCUCGUUAACCUUCCUUCCACUCUCAGAGACUUCGUCGGUCAAUCUCAGACUUCUCGAUUGUCCUGUUUCAUGCGCGUUUGGUCCUACAUCAAAACCAACAAUCUUCAGGAUCCAAACAACAAGAACGUGGUAAACUGCGAUGAGAAAUUAAAAGGUAUUUUACUUGGGAAACCCCAGGUUGAGUUAGCAGAACUUCCAGCACUUAUCAAGCUACAUUUUCCGAAAGAGCCCAAGUGA